CCUUCUCCAUCGCAAUUCAUAACCCCCCUCACAUCCGCGUCUGCAGCACUUAUAGAAUUUGCGAAAAGAAGACAGAGUAAACGACGACGUUUGGAAAGUGUGAUCCGCGAAGUAAAAGUCAAGGCUCGCUCGCUUUCUAUUUCUUCCUCACUUAUUUGCUUCCUCCUUCGCGAACCGGAGAAGAGAGAGCAUGGCCGUAGCUGAACCCAAGCCUCACUCCGAACCUAAGGUCUGGAACUUCUUCAAGCUUCCCUUCCGCCAUUCCACCAACACGACGUCGUCUUCGUCUUCCGCUAACCUUCACCACCACCACCACCACCACCACCACCACCAUCACCACAACCCUCACAAUCUUCCUCUCGAGGGUUCCACUUCCCACACCUCGAAUUCCGUUUCUUCCGUUGCGAGAUCGCUUCUCCCAACACGACGUCGUCUCAAGCUUGAUCCCUCCAACAAGCUUUACUUCCCUUAUGAGCCAGGCAAACAGGUUAGGAGUGCCAUCAGGAUCAAAAACACCAGCAAAUCUCAUGUAGCUUUCAAGUUUCAAACAACUGCACCCAAAAGCUGUUUCAUGCGUCCUCCUGGGGCUAUCCUUGCACCUGGUGAGAGUAUCAUAGCAACAGUGUUCAAGUUUGUAGAGGUACCAGAAAAUAAUGAAAAGCCUGAAAAAACUGGACUCAAAUUUAAAAUCAUGAGCUUGAAGGUGAAAGGAUCAAUUGAUUACGUUCCUGAACUGUUUGAAGAGCAGAAGGACCAAGUAGCAGUGGAGCAGAUUUUGCGAGUUAUUUUUCUAGAUCCAGAGCGUCCUAGUCCUGCUUUAGAGAAACUGAACCGACAGCUGGCUGAUGCUGAUGCUGCCCUUGAGGCGCGCAAGAAACCUGCCGAAGAUGCAGGUCCUAAAAUUAUCGGGGAAGGGCUCGUCAUAGAUGAAUGGAAAGAGAGGAGGGAAAGAUAUCUCGCAAAGCAGCAGGGUGAGGUGGUUGUAGAUUCUGUAUAGGGCGUUGGUCUGUAAUACCUAUAGGUAAUGACAUUGCAUCCAAGGAAAGUGUUAUCUUAUUAAGAGAAACAAUUAUUAAAAUCAGUGUCUUUUUCUUAGAAAAUUUUCAGGUGAAUGGCAAGUAUACUUUGGAGAAAACUAUGCGUGGGUGUGAUGAUCUGAUCAUUCUCUAUGUAGAUAAAUGUUAUUUUGUUUUUAGGGUUUUUUGUCGUGGGAAUAAUUUUGAUGGAUUGAUGUGAAAUAGUUUCUCAAGUUCUCAUGAUAAAUGAUUUGCUGUCGGUCUGUGUUGCCAUGAUUCAUUUCGAUGCAGUCAUGCAGAUGGCUGAGAUUCUCGUCAAACCAAGAUAAAAAGAUAUUUAUUUUAAUGGUUAGUUGGUAUUGCUGUAUUGCCAUAAAAUGGUUAUACAAAUGUUAACAUUGAAUUUAUCUUA